CGUUUUCUGUCAUAUCAGAUAUUUCGGGAAUUUUUGGGAUUCGUCGGAAGAACUGUUUGUCCUCCUUCUCUUGAGUCUUCACAAAUUAAUGGCGUGUUUCAUUGGUUGACGCGGGUGAGUUAACGAUGAAUCACUUUGCAUUCUGAUCCUGAUUUGGGAUGACCACUUCAGCUUGCCGAGAUUGAAGUUAUCAUCGGAUUUAAAAUGCUGUGAAGAGAAAUCACUGCGGAUUACGGUUUUGCGAACGUUGCAAUAUAAUGUCACUCCAUAUCACUUUUUUCAUCUUUCUCAGCUGACCAACAAAUAUACAUGGCACCAGGGGGGGAUUUGCCCACUUUCAAGCUCUUUGUCUGCACAUUUCCCUGCUAUUCCGCUCUCUUCCCCUCUUUCUGAUUUUUCAUCUCCACUCUUGUCCCAUAAUUCGUCUUCUAAGAUGAUCAACUCGGACGUGCCCAGCCAAACAAUUGAAUAAAAUGUCCGUGGCUUCCGCCGACAGGAUCCAGAGACGGAGUGCGCAGCGUGGAUUAUCAAGGAUGAGUAUUGAAAUCCUUCGAUUUCGAAAGGCAACAAGUGAUCGCAAACGAGAAAUAUCUUUACCCUUCGGUUCCACUAUCUUGUGGUACUCUACUUCGUAUACUCGCGACAUUGGACCAAAAGGGGAGAAACAGCUUGCACAUCCAUCCAUCGUUGAAAGUAUUUCUCGGAAGAGCGGGCAUUGA